AUGAAAGAAUACAUGCUCCUUCUCUUCUUGGCUUUGUGCUCUGCCAAACCUCCCAUCAGUCCUUCAUAUUUUACCCUAAAGAAUAUGAUGCUCCAAGAUAUGGAAGAAGAUGACGAUGACUACGACGAUGACAAUUCUCUAUUUCCAACCACUGAACCAAUUAUGCCACUAAUUCCUUUUGAUCUCUUCCCAAUAUGUCCCUUUGGAUGCCAGUGCUAUGUGAGAGUUGUCCAUUGCUCUGAUCUAGGUUUGACAUCAAUACCUCGCAACAUUCCACCAGAUACUCGUAUGAUUGACCUUCAAAACAACAAAAUUAAAGAGGUCAAGGAAAACGAUCUCCAAGGACUCACGUCACUUUAUGCACUGGCUUUGAACAACAAUAAAAUAUCCAAGAUCCAUCCAAAAGCCUUUCAACCAACAAAGAAGCUACGACGACUGUAUUUGUCCCAUAACCAGCUAACUGAGAUUCCAACAAAUCUACCAAAAACUUUAGCAGAGCUCAGAAUUCAUGCUAAUAAGGUUAAGAAAAUCCACAAGGAUGUAUUUAAGGGAAUGAAGUCUCUACAUGUUUUAGAAAUGAGUGCAAAUCCUCUUAACAAUGAUGGAAUAGAGCCAGGCGCUUUUGAAGGAGUAAAUAUCUAUCAUAUAAGAAUUGCAGAAGCUAAACUAACUUCAAUUCCUAAAGAAUUGCCCUCCAGUCUACUAGAACUUCAUUUAGAUGACAAUAAGAUCACAGCAAUUGAAGUCGAAGAUUUUAACCGGUAUAAAGAUCUUCAAAGGCUAGGCCUUGGGAAUAAUAAAAUCAAAGAUGUGGAAAACGGAAGCUUUGCCAACAUACCAAGUAUACGUGAAAUCCAUCUUGAAAAAAAUAAACUCAAGAAAGUUCCACCUGGAUUACCCGAACUGAAAUAUCUGCAGGUAGUCUUCCUUCAUUCUAAUCAUAUUGCAAAACUGGGAGUGAAUGAUUUCUGUCCAACAGGAGGAAGAAAGAAGAAAGCGUUAUACAGUGGCAUAAGCCUCUUCAAUAAUCCUGUAAAGUACUGGGAGGUUCAGCCUUCAACUUUCCGUUGCAUUUUAGCCAGAAACAGCGUGCAACUUGGAAAUUUCCUCAAGUGAUACCAAAGUUGGUCAUUUCAAAAAGCAACUUGCCCAAAUUGGUUCUACAAUACUUGAAAUAUGCAGAAAAAUGCCAAUUUUACACUAUUUAACCAGUUUACAAAGUAUUUACUAUUUCAGAGAUAAUUAAUAAGAAACAAUAUGUUAGUUGGGUCCAUUGUAUUAUUUGACAAUGUUCGACCUACAUUUGAAUAAUUUAAACAAAAGCCUUUAUAUCUUAUGGAAGGACUCUUGGAAGUGGAACUGGAAACUGUAUCUGAUGUUUCCUUUUAAAGG